AUGUCGUUAACCUACACAUGUUAUGCAGGUACAUCAAAGAAAGACGAUGGUUAUGUGCUAUUUCAAGGUGACAUUAGAUUAAAAAGAUCCGAAGCUCAACUACUUUUUAGCAAGGCUAAGAGUAAGCGGUCAAAGCGAGCUGUUCUUAAACAUUUCAAAGGAAACAGAUGGCCUAAGAAUGGUUUGGUCUACGAGCUUCAUUCAUCUCUAAGCAGUAAGUUGAUAGUGACUGAUAAACAUAUACGUUGGCACAAUGCAUUUAUCUGGGUCCACAGAGCUGUAACACACUGUGUUUUAUAUAUAGCGCCCUGAUUUAUCUGCGGCAGAUAUCAGAGACACGUUAACAUACGAUAUUUGAAAUUACAUUGUUAGUGGAAUCUGAUCCAGACGACUGACCGAAGACUGCAUGAUGGAGACUUAUAGUUGCCUACGAAUAUAUUUUUCCUUGAUCGUGACCGCAAUCACAACCAUAGAGAUUAUAUGUAGGAAUAUAGAGUGGACAUUGCAGGAAAAGUUCAGGCAAACCAAAGGGACAAAUUGAGGCUUGCUAAUGGGGGUAAAUUUGAGUUUACCUGGAUGUAAAACCAAGAGAAUCUAUUUUUCCACCUUUUGGCUACAAUUUUAGUAUUCAUUCCUGAAGGAUACACCGCGCUCUUCAACAUCGAAAAAAGCACUUUCCACCGUUUGCAAAAAACAUGUUUAAUUUGUAUUAAACGUCCAGGUAUAUUGUUGAUUUUGAGCUUUUAGUCCUUGCUUUAACUACGUUAAAAUUAGAAAAAGUCGAUGUUUUCAAAGUUGUAUUUUUUCCGCAAUUUCUCGUUCCUCCUUAACAUCGCGGCUUUGCAUCUGGGAAUGAGCAUUUACAAUCGGCCAGCGAGAUUUUAGCUAAUCAUGCAGAGAGCGUUAUUUUUCCCCAUUAGCUAGGAAGCUUCAAUUUGUCCCUCGACUUCCACACAAUGCACACUCUAUCCUUUUAUAAUCUCUAUGAUUACAACCCUAACCGGCCUAACCACGACCAAAACGCUAUUGUAUGCGAAAUAUGUGGACGAAAUAUUUGCCAUUCACGGAAAAGGCAUUUGAUUGGUUCGGCAGCCCGCUACCGUGCGAACUGUCAUCGAAAAUCGCCUUUAAAUUAAACAGAUUUCAAAUGCAAAACUUCAUGAAAUCUGUUUCGUCAGCCACGCAUAUACACAAGACUUGCAUGCGUAUAUUACCGUACUUGCACUACACGCUCAAAAAUCUUGAAGCUUGUCGAAACAUCUUUUUGCGCACUGCAUGCUUGUUCCAAUUAGUUGUUAGCAAGUCUGGAAGAAGUUGUUAUCUCCUUGAAACAAGUUACGUUGAUGAGCCAAACAGACUUGCAACAAGUUGUUCCAACAAGAUCUGCACGUACAAAGUUGUUAACAAGUUGAUCGAUCAAAACAAGCUCGUAGCGACAUGUUAAGAACAACCUGUAUUACGCCUGUAUUCUAAAGGUCACUCGCACUCAAUGAGUGGAGGUUCAAUAUGAGCUUCUCUUGAGUGCCGGUGCUGUUUUUGAAUAGCUGGAGGGUCAGUGUCGUACCUUACUAUGUGACUACUCACCCUCCAGCUAUUCAAAAACAGCAUUGACACUCAAGAAAAGUUCAGAUUGAACCUCCACUCAUUGAGUGUGAGUGAGCUUUUUAGAAUACGGGCGUUAAUCUUGUUGGAACAAUUUGUAAUUGUAGCAUACAUCCUUUAUACCGUCAUCAACCUUGUAACAAGUAGGUGAUAACAACAAAUUCAAGACUUGUCGACUUGUCACAACAACUAGCAACAAGCAGUGCAAACACAUUCUGAUAUCGGUUUGACAACAACCGACCUUGUUACAACUUACUUGCAGAUCUGCAUUGAACAGUAAGUUACGUUUUAAAGGAUACUAUAGAAUACCGAAAGCAGCCUUCCCUUCUUCAUACCUAAUUUUAGCGUGCAGUGAUAACCAAUUUUUGCGGUGAUAAAGUGAAAGUGUGUAUAGUGACACUGAAACAGCAAUAAUGUGCAGUAAUAACAUUGGUUGUGAUAAAUUCGUAACAAAUAGUGCACAACAAAACGUUAGAAAUAAUUUAUAUCACUUUUUGGAAUGUCCUAGUAUUCAACUUAAUUCUUAAAUUAGCAAACUGAGUUUAAAGUCUUUCCUUGCAGUUUACAUGGAAUUCAGCUUGUUUAGCUAAGGAUGAUAGCAAAAAGAAGCAAGUCUAAUAUGUCAGAGGUGAUUCAACAAACUCACCUAAGCAAACAUUUUUUUACGUUUAUAUGGUUGUCAUGACAACCAGCUAGUUACCCACUAAAGUCUUCAAUUUUCUUUUGAAGCGUUUAGUUUAACUUUUGUAAAUACCUAAUGCACAGUAGUUGUAGAUGCAUUAGUUCUAGAUGUAGAUGUAGAUGUAAUAGUAGUUAAGUAUUUGGACUGAUUACUAGCAAUUACGCCCCUGCUGUAAACCUCUCCAGCUUAGUUUGUACUGCGUGAUGAAAUAAAUGCCAUCUAUAUAUAUAUAUAUACCGGGUGGCCCAAAAAAAAGUACUCCUGUUUGAUUCGUAAUAACAUCUAAACAAGUAUAGCUUUUAAAGAGAAAUAACUUGCAUCAAAUAGAGGAAGGACUAACUUAGACUUUGAUAUAUUACAGUUGUAUUUCACUUAAAAAUUCACGGAGAUAUUAAUCUUUAAAUUCGGGAGGAUAUUUCUGGAUGUGUCUGAAAUAUGCAAAAAUCGGCGUAUCAAAUAUUAAUCAAGAUUUGCCCGACUGAAACAUGCACUAUUACCAGUAAAUAAAUGACACUUGACAAAUUGUUUAUUAUGAAACAAAGUAUUAUUAUAUCUACAAAAUACAAGCAAGAUUCAUUCGUCCGAAAUUCGCGUGUGUUCCUAGCACGAAUACGUUUCCUUAUUUCAUGAGACCACUGCAUCGCGAAGGAUCGUCAUUGGAUCGUUCGUAGUUCUGAAUUAGGGCAUGCUGUCACAACGGAAUUGUGAAGCUCUUCUAACUUCUGCAACGUUCUGAAAUCUUGUUAAGAACACCCAAACUCUUUUGCCGUUUCUUAAUCUUGGCAAGUUCAUGGAGUAAACUGAGAAUUAUAUGAAACACAAUCAAACCAUACAACUCCAUAAGACAUAACAAUUAAGCAACUCCCCAGAGACAUGCAACAUUUUUGGAACAAAACGUAACAAAAUAGUAGCGUUGAUACGGUGAUGUGUAUUUGCAAAAAGCAAUAUUAUUUCCUUCAAUAAAGAAUAUUCAUCCUGCUCUAACCGAGAAAUAAUCUACUCAGUCUGUUUGAACCUAUUAAAAACAUAAAAAAAUUAGGCUAUUUAAGAAUACGAAAAAUUUAAGCGCCUGCCUUCCAUGGUCAGUCUUUCAUGUACAUUUAAGUUUGCAAAGACCUAAUAUUAAAUACUUGCAUAAUUUCGAACGUUCAUAUUUCAGGAAACAAUGAGCUAAGACUUACAUGUAAGAUGUCUAAAUCUACGCCAUAUCCCUUACAAACCUUAACGAUAAUUCGCUGAAAUACAAGUUAGCCUAAUAUGUCAUUAAGCAAACAAACGCUGGAGUUAAUAUUUGAUAUGCCGAUUUUCGCUAAUUUUAGACACAUUCCAAAAUAUGCUCCCCAUUUUUAACAUUAAUAUAUCCGUGAAUUUUUAAGUUAAAUACAACUGUAAUAUAUCAAAAUCUAAGUUAGUCCUUCCUCUAUUUAAUGCAAGUUAUUUCUGUUUGAUAGCUUUACUUAUUUAGAAGUUAUUAUAAAUCAAACCGGAGUACUUUUUUUUGGGACACCCGGUAUAUAUAUAUAUAUAUAUAUAUAUAUAUAUAUAUAUAUAUAUAUAUAUAUAUAUAUAUAUAUAUAUAUAUAUAUAUAUAUAUAUAUAUAUGGCUAGGAAUUCAACCAGAUCUUCCCAGACUUCAAGCGGUAGAGCAUUUGCUCAAGGACAGCCACCCACCUCUACCAUCCAUUGGCCAAGUCAAAACCGUCCUAAAACACCGAAAUCCUAGGAAAGCCACUGGGUCGGAUAAUAUUCCUGCAUGGUGUCUUAAACGGUACGCAGAAGAAUUAGCACCAGUGGUCCACGAUAUUGUGGUUGCAAGCAUAGUUCAAUGCAAAUAUCCCACCUCCUACAAGCAUGCAAUCAUCAGUCCCAUACCAAAGAUCCGUCCACCCACAGACCUAGAUAAUGACUUCCGCCAAGUUUCCGUGCUACCACAAGUAGCAAAAAUUAUCGAGAAGCUACAGCUCCAACUCAAUAUAUCCAGUUUCAAGAUCAAAACAAACCAGCACGCUUUCACGAGCGGUCACUCCACCGUGUCUGCCCUUACCUCCAUAUCUCAGAACUGGUUCGACUCAACGGACAACUCCUCGACCGGUAGACAAGGUGUCCACGCCCUAUUUGUUGAUUUCCGGAAGGCGUUUGACUUGGUCGACCAUAAGAUCCUUCUGGACAAGCUUGCUGAUAUGAAUGUAACAAGGAGUUUCUGGUUAUGGAUAAUGAGUUUUCUGGAAGGAAGAACACAACAGGUAAAUCUCCAAGAAGUACUAUCCUUUACUGCAUCAUGCCUAGCCGGCGUCCCUCAGGGAUCUGCUAUCUCGCCGACCCUAUUCAACAUACAUAUUAACGAUAUGGAGGAAAAUGUUUCUGAACAGGCAUGUGUCAACACAACCAAAUAUGCGGACGAUUGCACCAUGGAUACGUCCAUAAGAUUAGGAGAAUCUAGCGAUUUGCACGACAAAAUCAGCUCUUAA